CUCUUGCUGUUUCUUCCUGCCUAGUUCCGUUUCUCUUGGCAGAAAAGGGGAUUCUCAGGCCUAUCAGGGAAGGAGAGUACUUCCCCUGGCUGUUUGUUUUUGGUGAGGCUCCCAGUCUGAAUCCCUUGCUGGUGGGGUCUGGCUUGCUUGACGUUGUCACAGGGACUCUUGUUGGAUCCUGGGAGGAGUUAGCCUACGUGGACUGCUUUUCAUUACUAGACUGACUGUUGGGAAAAGUCAGGUCUGGAUGGCCUUUUUCUAUUGGAUAUGUGCUGAUUAGAAGGCUCACUUGUGCAGAGUGGAGGAUAAGACAGUGCCUUACAAAAAUGGGUUUUGGGAGUGACCUGAAGAAUUCUCAUGAAGCUGUGUUAAAAUUGCAAGACUGGGAAUUACGGUUACUGGAAACAGUGAAGAAAUUUAUGGCCCUGAGAAUAAAAAGUGAUAAAGAAUAUGCAUCUACUUUACAGAACCUUUGUAAUCAAGUUGAUAAGGAAAGUACUCUCCAAAUGAAUUAUGUCAGCAAUGUAUCCAAGUCUUGGCUACUUAUGAUUCAGCAGACGGAACAACUUAGUAGGAUAAUGAAGGCACAUGCAGAGGACCUAAAUUCUGGACCCUUACACAGGCUCACCAUGAUGAUCAAAGACAAGCAGCAGGUGAAGAAAAGUUAUAUAGGUGUUCAUCAGCAGAUAGAGGCAGAGAUGAUCAAGGUUACAAAGACAGAAUUAGAGAAAUUAAAAACCAGCUAUAGACAGUUAAUAAAAGAAAUGAAUUCUGCCAAGGAGAAAUAUAAAGAAGCUGUAGCUAAAGGGAAAGAAACUGAAAAAGCCAAAGAACGUUAUGACAAAGCCACAAUGAAACUUCACAUGUUGCACAAUCAGUAUGUAUUGGCAUUGAAAGGGGCGCAGCUUCAUCAAAAUCAGUAUUAUGACACUACACUUCCUCUACUCUUGGAUUCCUUACAGAAGAUGCAAGAAGAAAUGAUUAAAGCACUAAAAGGUAUAUUUGAUGAAUACAGCCAGAUAACCAGUCUUGUUACAGAGGAAAUAGUGAAUGUCCAUAAAGAGAUUCAAAUGUCAGUUGAACAGAUUGAUCCUAGCACAGAAUACAAUAAUUUCAUAGAUGUUCACAGAACAACAGCUGCUAAGGAGCAAGAAAUUGAGUUUGAUACUUCCUUACUAGAAGAAAAUGAAAAUCUACAAGCAAAUGAGAUUAUGUGGAAUAAUUUAACAGCAGAAAGUUUGCAAGUAAUGUUGAAAACUUUAGCAGAAGAACUUAUGCAGACACAGCAGAUGCUUUUAAAUAAGGAAGAAGCUGUGCUGGAGCUAGAGAAGAGAAUUGAGGAAUCUUCUAAGACCUAUGAAAAGAAGUCUGAUAUUGUACUUCUGCUAAGCCAAAAACAGACACUCGAAGAGCUGAAACAGUCAGUCCAGCAGCUGAGGUGCACUGAGGCAAAGUUUACAGCACAGAAAGAAUUGCUAGAGCAAAAAGUACAAGAAAAUGAUGGGAAGGAGCCACCUCCAGUAGUAAAUUAUGAAGAAGACGCACGAUCAGUUACGUCUAUGGAAAGAAAAGAGAGGCUAUCCAAAUUUGAGUCUAUUCGUCAUUCAAUUGCUGGCAUGAUUAGGUCUCCAAAAUCUGCCCUGGGCUCUUCAACAUUCUGUGAUUCGAUCCCUAUAAUUGAGAAGCCUCUGGCAGAACAGGACUGGUACCAUGGUGCAAUUCCCAGAAUAGAAGCGCAAGAUCUGUUAAAACAACAAGGAGACUUCUUGGUGCGAGAGAGUCAUGGGAAACCUGGUGAAUAUGUCCUUUCUGUAUUUUCUGAUGGACAAAGGAGACACUUUAUCAUACAAUAUGUUGAUAAUUUGUAUCGAUUUGAAGGCACUGGGUUUUCAAACAUCCCUCAACUUAUAGACCAUCACUAUACAACAAAACAGGUCAUCACUAAGAAAUCUGGUGUAGUGCUGCUGAAUCCUAUUCCUAAGGAUAAGAAAUGGGUUCUCAAUCAUGAAGAUGUCACAUUGGGAGAAUUACUGGGCAAGGGUAAUUUUGGUGAAGUGUAUAAGGGCAUAUUAAAGGAUAAAACUGCUGUUGCUGUUAAAACCUGUAAAGAAGAUCUUCCUCAGGAACUGAAAAUAAAAUUUUUGCAAGAAGCCAAAAUUCUCAAGCAAUACGAUCAUCCCAAUAUUGUCAAACUUAUAGGAGUUUGCACACAAAGACAGCCUAUCUACAUCAUUAUGGAACUGGUUCCAGGAGGUGAUUUCCUCUCCUUUCUGAGAAAGAAGAAGGAUGAAAUAAAACUCAAACAGUUAGUGAAAUUUUCAUUAGAUGCUGCUUCUGGUAUGUCAUAUCUCGAGAGUAAAAACUGUAUACACAGGGAUCUUGCUGCAAGAAACUGCCUGGUAGGUGACAAUAAUGUUCUGAAAAUCAGUGACUUUGGAAUGUCUCGUCAAGAAGAUGGUGGAAUAUAUUCAUCUUCUGGCUUAAAGCAGAUUCCAAUUAAAUGGACAGCACCAGAAGCUCUUAAUUAUGGGAGAUACAGUUCUGAAAGUGAUGUAUGGAGUUUUGGCAUCCUCCUCUGGGAGACCUUCAGUUUAGGGGUCUGCCCAUACCCUGGCAUGACAAAUCAGCAAGCACGGGAGCAGGUGGAAAGAGGAUACCGAAUGUCAGCCCCUCAGCAUUGUCCAGAGGACAUUUUUAAGAUUAUGAUGAAGUGCUGGGAUUAUAAACCUGAAAACCGCCCCAAGUUCUCUGAACUUCAGAAGGAGCUCGCUAUGAUCAAGAAGAAAAUCACAUAGUGACAGGACAGUGCAUACUCAGCCGCCGGGACUGGGUCCUCCAGCAGUCGUGUUGGUUCUUCUCGUUAACGAUGAAUUUAUACCACAUUAUGGGCAACCGUCUUCUAAGGUUAUUUUUUUAUUAACUGUUUUUUUUAAAAAUAUGUGCCGUUAAAAAAGAAAAGUCAAAGGCCAAUGCAUUCAAGCCACAGUCCUACCAAGGGCUUUCUUAGCUCCCCACAGCAAUCCUGCCCUUUCAGCCUGUUGUACAUAGACAAGCACAGGCUUUGAAUGUGAGGGGGAACCAGUCUGUCUUAUUCACACCAGGACCACUGAAUUUUUCUCAGAGAUUUUUUACUUCAGGCCCAGUUGACAGGCUGCUAUCCACACCUCAGACCCUCCCCGGGCGGCACUCUCAGCCGCACUGGUAAUGCCAUGUCAGCAGGACACACUCCAACCAAAGUUGGCUUUCUGCUCUGCCAAGGCAAGAGUAUCUUUAUAAACAUCGUUUUAUAUUGAGAAGUAUUGGGACCUCCUAGGGGUUUUUAUUUCCUUUCUUGCCAGAAAUAAGUGCAGUGUAAGAAUCCUCCCAUUCCUGUAUCAUUAGUAAGGCUGUCGUUUCCCUCCCCUUUUGUCCAGGCAUCAGAAAAGGAUGCAUGAAACUUCCUCAAAGAGCAUGGUCUUAGAUGAGGCCACAGAUUUUAAAGAAUGUUUGAGAGCUGUGGGCAAGAACAGGAGGAUGGUCUGGAGAUGGGGCAGCUAGAAUCAUCAUCAAAGAGAAGGAAAAUAGACUAUCUGCCUUCCUAUCUGAGUCAUGCCUUUUACACACACACACACACACACACACACACACACACACACUUUUUAUUUUAUGGUCUGAAUUUAUGGAAAAGUCUCUAAGAAAUGUUUUCAGAAGUUCAUAGAUAAAGCCUUCUCAAUGCAACAACAACAAAAAUUUUAGAGAAGUUACAAAGCACAAGUCCACACAAAUAACAGCAUACUUUUGGUUAAGUACCUUCAUCUGAAAGGAGACAUCCCGGAAUUCCCUUCAUUGGUAUCAGUUUCUUUGGCCAUCACAAUUUCAUGUUCCUAGCUCAUAAACACAUCCAUAUGUGUACACAUAUGAGCAGGUGCUCACACACACACACAAAUACUGAGAAGCCGUGUAUGUGUGAAUGGAGUAAAUUAAGAAGUCAAAUGAACGCUAUUAAGGAAAAAGAUAUAAAGACAGCCCCCCAUUUCCACUUUUCCCCUUCAUUUACUCUGGUACUACAACCUGGAAUUUCUUAUCAUUAGCUGACAGGUAUACAAGCAUAGUUCCAAGAUGCUUCAUAAGAAUAAAAUGUAACAGAGUUAAAACUAGGAUUCUGUUUAGCUGAAUCUUAGCUGCAUCCAGGGAACUUACCCCAUGUUCUGUAAAUAGUUGCCUCUCAGGAUAAAUAGGUGUGUAAGACAUGGUCACGCUCAGGGGUAAAUAUGGCUUUGGAGCUCUUAAGAAGUGCUCAGGCCUCUGUCCAAAUAGCACAGUAGUGAUUAUUUGGUCCAUAUUCAUUGGAAGAGCUUUUGGGAUAGGAAAUUCCUUCUGCCCCCUGCAACUGUUUGCUGACUAUGAAUAUCAAUGCACAGAAUUCACAGCCAGUACUACUUUCAAGAGAAUGCAGGAUAAUAAUACUGAAGGGAAAAAUACCUUGUGUCUACCAGUUCAGUCUCCUUGCAGGUUUUGUACACAUUUAAUGAUUACCACAUCCACACUAAAUGAAGGCAUAAUAAACUUGCCCUCAAAACUAUUGCAACAUACAAAGCACUUUUUUCAUCAGCAUUUUUCGCUUCUGUCAAAUACUGUCAGUAAAUCCAACUCUCUUUUGAUGGCAUAUAUUGUGUUAAAUCAAAGCACAGACUUAUGAAUUAAGAUUAAGAGCUCUGGUCUUUAGGCACCUGCCAGCCUUCAAAAACAAGAAUAAAAUAGGGACAUUGCCACUCUUUGCCAGUAUUUCCAAGUGCAUCUCUCUGUAAUAUUCUUUGUUUAAAGAAAACAGCCGCCCAUCGCUUAGCAGACCCAAUGUUAAGCUCUCAGCAAAGAGAGAAUGAUGGUUUGGGCUUUAAUUUUGUGAACGACCUGAAGCUUAAUCUUUGCAUUCUAGUGAAAAGAACGAACAUGGCAUUGAUAUUUCACUCAUCCAGGCUUUGGAUGAAUUUGCAAUUCACAUCCUAACUCUGUGCUUAAAUUAAAGAAGCUUUUCACAACAUCAUGACAUCUGCAGCAUUUAAAUUCUAUUUUAUUCUUUGUCCCAGAGCAGGCAGUGGUAUAGUUCAGGAUUAAUAACUCAUUGGGAGUCUUUCAAGAUCAUAUCAGUUGUAUAGAAUAUUAAAUUUAAUAUAGGCACAUGCAUUAAGAAAAACUUAUGCAGACUAUUUUUUACUGUUAAUUUUGUUGUGCUUGAAGCAUAAUUUAUUCAUCCCUUCUGUCACUGAUAAUUAUUGGAAUUAUGUACUUUAGGAGGCUAAUCCAUACCCAAAAAGCAGACAUACAAAUACUGUUCAGAUUUUGCAAGGUGACAUAGAAGAAGAAGACUCCAGAAAUGCAUAAAAUCCUGUGACUUUAUGUAAGACUUUAGUAAGAAAACAGUUGUCAACAAAAUUGCCACUGGUCUGAAUAUAAUUCACCCAAGUCACACAUCUCUGUGGUAUUUAAUGGAUUUUUCAAGCCUUGCAUAUAUUACUCUUAAACAGUUCCUGUCAUAAUUCCUUAAAUUUAUGAAUAUGGAGUGGGGGGAAGGUAAGCCCGGACAGCCUCUCACCUGCAUUUUUCUGGCUUGAUUCAGCAAGGAGCCUUUAUGAGAGUUACUUGGGUAGUUCAUCAUUUUUCAAGGGAAAAAAAAAAAACUUUUAUUGUCAAAUUAAUAUUUAUUACCAACAUGUGAUACCUAAAAUUACUUUGUAUUCCAUGUAAUCUAAGGUUACUUCCCAAAGCCAACAUAUUCUUUCUCUUCCAGGAAAUGACAACAAUAGAUUAAUAGGUAUUUUUAGACUUUCAAAACCAGAGGUUUCAUUUCAGUCCAUCCUGCCACUGGAUCCCCAGUGAAAUGUCUCAUGUAAUCAUUUCUCUUUUAUCUCCCAAAUUUAAUAUAGGUAAUAAAGUUCUUCAUCCACAUUUCACCAUUUUGUCACAAACACAGUAUUAUUGAAACCUCUUACUAGCAAAUCCGUGUAGAACAUGAGUCUCUCAGCCAUUGUUCAGUGCACAUUUCACAACUAUUUUUCCUUUGCGGGUUGUUUUUAAAAGAGAAGGACAUAUCUGGUCAUUGAAAUAGCCUUAAUUUCCUUUAAACCACCAUAUGGUUUCCUUGUCCAUAUUACACUCCAUGUUUCAGUUUUGCCCAAAGCAAAACCGGAGCGAGAAGAGGGAUCCUAAAUAAUUGUUGUAUUCAUAUUAAAGUUUGGCUAAUACCACUGAAACAACUGUGGCUUCACAAUACCGGUGUGACACUGUGUCAGGAAGAAAGUGUUUUAAUUCUAAUUUAUGCCACACCCUGAGGACCUUAUGGUGGGAUAAACAUAAAAAUUAGAAUAUGGGAAUACAUGUCGAGGUCAUUUGUUGCUGUCAUUCAUUUACCUCAGUCACACCACUUUCCAGUUCAUUCUGGUGAAUCAUCUGAUGUGCUUAAAAUGUCCCUGCAAACCUUCUUGCUCUGUGGACAUUAUUCGGAGACUGUGUGUCCUCUGAAGUGAGAUGAAUUGAUACUUUCUGAAAAGAAGUCGUUUGCCUCAGCCCUCUUUUGACACAUACCUACUCCCCCAUCACAACACUGGUAUUUUAGAUGUUUCUUCUCAAUAGGAUUGAUUGUCCCUGACUCACUAUUCUGAGUCAUGUAAAGACUGACUUUUGUGUUUAGGAGGGUCAGGGCCCUCACACAAAACAGAAUAUUGCAAAAUACAAAGAACAACAAAGGGGCAGAUUAUUGAAAAAGACACGGUUUCUUUAUGUAUUAAUGUUAACUAAAUGAAAACAAAGAUUUUAUAUGAAAGUGAGUUUAUAUUGCAUUUCCAUUAUACUAUUAAGUUAGCAUUAAAAUAAAGUGUUACCUCUUUUAUUACUAA